UUGUGUGAAUGCCAUGGCAAUCCCUAUUGCCAUACUGGACUGUGAUUUGCUGCUUCACGGUCGAGGUCAUAAGACAUUGGAUCGUUUCGACCUGGAUUCCGUCUCAGACAACUUUCUCCUGACAACGUUUGGCUUUCCGAGAGAAUUCAUUCUGUACCUGGUGGAAUUACUUCGAGAAGUUCUCUGUAGACGCACCCAGCGGUCUAGGGCCAUUAGCCCUGAGGUCCAGGUUCUAGCUGCACUGGGUUUCUACACCUCAGGAUCGUUCCAGACCUCUAUGGGAGAUGCGAUUGGGAUCAGCCAAGCAUCUAUGUCACGCUGUGUGACCAACGUGACUAAAGCCUUAGUGGAGAAGGCUCCAGAGUUCAUCACAUUCACCAGAGACCCUGCCAACAGAGAACAGUCUAUCCAGGAGUUUCAGAGGGUGGCGGGGGUCCCAGGUGUCCUGGGGGUACUAGACUGUGUUCAGGUGGCCAUUAAGGCCCCGAACAGUGAAGAUGCAUCCUAUGUCAACAAGAAGGGCUUCCAUUCAGUUGGCUGUCAGCUGGUGUGUGAUGCCCGGGGCCUGCUCCUCAGUGCAGAGACCCACUGGCCCGGCUGUCUGAAAGACACAGAGAUUCUUCAAAGGUCCACAGUCUAUGAAGCUCUGCAGGACACCGAGGACGGUUGGGUACUAGGUGACUGCCGCUAUCCCUUGAAAAAGUGGCUGAUGACACCGGUCCCCUACCCAGAAUCCCCUGCAGAGUUUCGAUAUAACCUCGCUCAUACUGCCACGCACGAGAUAGUGGACCGGACGUUCAGAGCAAUCCAGACUCGAUUCAGAUGUCUAGACAGCUCCAAAGGAUACCUACAGUACUCUCCAGAGAAGAGCUCCUCCAUCUUGCUGGCUUGCUGCGUCCUCCACAACGCUUCGCUCCAGUCUGGACUGGACGCGUGGACCCUGGAGAGGACAGACCCUCCAGAGCAGCCCGAGACCCUAGAACAGCGUCCCGAAGACAGGGACGUAGAGGCGGAGAACAGACGCAAAGAACUCAUACUGAAACACUUCAGUUAGAGGCCCAGUGGAUUCUGGAUUUUGACUGCUUCUCAUGUUUAUUUGUAUCGUUAUGGUAAAGCUGUAAUACGAAUAUAAUAAUAUUACAUUUGUCUUAGGCCUUCUGUCUUCGCUAAAUUGGCCCUAAUUAUGCCAUCAGUGAAAGUCUUGUGGUUUAUGAAUUUUUGCAUUUCUCAAGUAUUAAUUUUACGACUGUGGAAGCCUGGGUCGGAUUAUCCGCACCAGCCAACUGGCCAUGCUGGGGGUGGCACCAAAUGAUUAAGACAACGACUAGACUUUAAAAUAUAUGUCCCGUUUUCUAUAUUAGGGAAUACGGCAGUGUGUAAUGGGUGUGCGUAGCGAGUGUGUGGAUGAGCGAGUGUGAGAGAGCGAGCGGCAGGAACGUGACAGUGAAUGUGAGUGGACUAGUAGAAAAGGUUGGCAGUAAGUUGUCGGUCUGGCAGUAAAUGUACAGUACAGGCUACAGUGCGUCAGUUAAUAAAUGCUGCAGCUUCUCAAGA